CGUAUAACGUCAUGACGCUAGCCUAGCAACCAUCAUGGCGACGAGGAAGCCUAAAAGGGAUUGACCGGGGCAUGUCAGGCAGUCUAGAUAAUGUUUGUUCUCUCUAAGAUUAAUAUGGAAGGGAUACAAUAGUAUUACAACAAGUAUGGGAUUUAAAAAUAAUACCACCAUGGAUGCAAAAAAAGCAUACUGUCCUGGAGCAUCUGGCAACUUGACAAACCGAUGUCUCAUUCAAGACCACAUGUUUGCACAUUACAGAAAAGUGUUCACUGCCAAAGCUGCUGUGGAUACAUCGGCACCAAAAAGUAUGCAAUGUAGCGUCAAAUACACUGACCAAAAGCGUCAAGAGCGGUUGAAGAGGGAAGCAUCUCAGCGGACAUUAUCUUCAAGGUCACUGAGGAGCAGACUGGAGAACACCAGAGACUCAUGCUCAUCAAGAGCUAGCAGGACCUCUCUCCAAGCAGAGGAGGAUGGCUAUCCGCACUUGGGAGAGUCUAUAACAUCUUCGCCUAGACUCAACACUUCGUUCCAUAUUAGACAGAUUGUAUAUCCGUCCCAAAGAGCAGCCGCGGCCGGGAGUUCCCACAACGGCUAUCACUCCACUUCAGAAUUCAGCUACAGGGACCCCAACCCACAGAGGCAGCAGUCCUUCCGGUCCUGUGGCGCCGCCGGCAGCCAAAGCGCGUUCAGAGCCUUCCAGGACCCAGUCCAGAAGACGUACAGUGGAGACCUCAUGCGCAAGCACUCCAAGCAUUUCACGCCCGAAAAGCCCUUUACCCCUCGCACGCUGAAGAAGGACAGCAAGUCCUACCUGUCCCAGUACCGCUUCUACACCCCCCCGCGGAGGAAACUGGCAGAGGGGAAGACAAGUCCAAGGUUGGGGCCGCAGGACUCAAAUCAUGGAGGCUCUCAAGCCAGAGAAAACUCGGCUGCGGAUUGGGAUCUACCACAGACAUUUGACCUUGAGUCUGAAUUACUUGAUGAAGAGACCAGUCCAUAUGGGAAACACAGUAAAGUGAACAGGACGACAGGCAGCGGUUUCCUUUCUUUAUCUAGAAUGUCCCCAGACGGGACCAAGUCUCCCAUCAUGCAGAAGGUGAAUGCAGAGGAAGAAGAGUUACUCUACCUGGAGUUCAUUGCUGAUGUGACAAAUGAAAUCUUGAUGUUGGGGUUGUACAGUGACAGAGUAUUGAAAAGGGUAUUUCAGCGUCAUAUUGAUACGAACAAGCAUCGUCUGGAUGAGGUAAACCCGCCAUUUAAGUUUUCCAGAAUCAACUGA